CGCUUUAUCCUGUCCUUGAGGUUCUCGGCCUCGCGACGGGCCUGCUGGAUGCGCGCCUGCAUCUGAUCGGGCGAGACUUCGUUCGACAUGGUGGUUGUGUGUGUAUUCAGGAGCAAUUGAAAUUGUAAGCUGAAGCUGUGUCGUUGACGACGUCCGAGAGUCGAAAUGAGGCUACGUAGGGGGGUGCGCCAAACGGAAGAUAGCUCCCCGAGGCUGGUGACUGUGUCGUUGCAAACCGCAGUCGAGGAUCGCCGGCGACGGGAGAAGCGCUCUCAAUGGCACAGACGAUGCAGCAGCGUGGUGGUUGAUGAAGGUCAAUUGAAGGAGAGUUGUUGCGACGGACGUUGGAGUUGUGCUGGGUGGAUGGAAUUGGAUUGGAUUGGGGAGGAUCGAGGUGUGGAGGCCGAACUAGCAGCUUCGGUUAAGUGGUCUCUGGCUGCACUGGGCUGGGCUGGGCUGGUCUGGUCGACCGCUGGGUGGGUUUAUUUCUGCGUGCGCUGCGGUACGAUGCAGUGCAGACAGUAUAAUCUUCUCGUUGGGGGGGAGAAGAAUGUUGGUUGCUAUGAGUACGAUGACGAGAAGUGGGAGAUGUGCUUUGUGAUCUUGAGCGGACUAGAGUUCCUUCACACACACAUUCUACGGUACGGUAGUUGCCGACAAAGAGCGAUCAACGAUGAGGCUGUCUCCGUCUACGGUAGCCCGAACUCACUUCCUUGGCUGCCUCCCCUUCUCCUCGACUGCGACCGACUAAAACCAAGAGCUGGGGAACGGCAGAACGGUCUGAAGAUGGUGCAAUAAACGCUGCAGCGGUACGGUAAGGUUAAUGGGGAUGCCAAUAAUGACCACGGCUCGGUAUUGCCUUCACU